AUGGCCUAUCUGCCUACCUUGUGGGGCUGCGAGCUGGGCCUCCAGAAGAGAGGAUGCUGUCUGGUGCUGGGCUACAUGGCCAAGGACAAGUUUCGAAGAAUGAAUGAAGGCCAGGUCUACUCCUUCAGCCAGCAGCCCCAGGACCAGGUGGUGGUGUCCGGACAACCAGUGACGCUGCUGUGCGCCAUCCCUGAAUACGAUGGCUUCGUUCUGUGGAUCAAAGACGGCUUGGCUCUGGGUGUGGGCAGGGACCUCUCAAGUUACCCGCAGUACCUGGUGGUAGGGAACCACCUGUCAGGGGAGCACCACCUGAAGAUCCUACGGGCAGAGCUGCAAGACGAUGCUGUGUACGAGUGCCAGGCCAUCCAGGCCGCCAUCCGGUCCCGCCCUGCACGCCUCACCGUCCUGG